GGAUGAGAGUCGGAGCUGAAUACCAAGCUCGGAUCCCUGAAUUUGAUCCAGGUGCUACAAAAUACACAGAUAAAGACAAUGGAGGGAUGCUUGUAUGGUCUCCAUAUCACAGUAUCCCAGAUGCCAAAUAUAGUGGGUUGAUCAUUCCAGUUUGUGUCAGGCCCAUGAAGAAUGAAAAAACCUAGAAUCUGAUGGCAUUGCUGCAUAAAUCCUCAAGCAGGGGAGGGAGUUACUAUGUAGACAUCUGCACAGGCUUUUCCUCAGUAUAUGGAGCUGUAAAGAAAUGCCUUCGAGCUUCAAAGAGCCCACUAUCAUUACCAUUUUAAAGAGGAAAGGGGAAAGAACUGACUUCAGCAGCCAUCAGGUCAUCUUUGUGCUCUCCAUUUCUGGACGGAGACCUUCUGGAUCAUUGACCAUGCACUUCUUGAAUCAUGGUGUGGCUUUAGACUUCAGUGUGAUGUAGCGGACCUGAUCCUUUGCGGAACAUCAGAUAUAGGAAACGUGCAGUGGAUGAGUAUAUUGCAAUUGCAAAGGAGAAACAUGGCUACAAUGUGGAGCAGAUUCUCCAGCAAAUAUGGUAUGUAAGAACAUUGUAUUCUGAGGCCCUGACUUAAAAGAAAUAAAUAAAUGAGCUCUACUACCUGGGCACCCCUGAUUAAAAGCCCCAAACUGCACUUGGCAUGUUGUUCUGGCAUAAGCAUAACAUUGAGAAGUCCCUUGCUGAUCUCCCUAAUUUCACUCCCUUUCCGGAUGAGUGGACAGUGGAAGAUAAAGUCCUGUUUGAACAAGCCUUUAGUUUUCAUGGGAAGAGCUUUCAUAGGAUUCAGCAAAUGCUUCCAGAUAAGACAAUUGCAAGCCUUGUAAAAUAUUAUUAUUCCUGGAAAAAAACUCGGUCUAGGACAAGUUUGAUGGAUCGCCAGGCCCGUAAACUAGCCAAUAGACACAAUCAGGGUGACAGUGAUGAUGAUGUGGAAGAAACACACCCAAUGGAUGGGAAUGAUAGUGAUUAUGAUCCCAAAAAAGAAGCCAAAAAAGAGGGUAAUACUGAACAGCCUGUCCAAACUAGCAAGAUUGGACUAGGAAGAAGAGAGUAUCAGAGUUUACAACAUCGCCAUCAUUCUCAGCGUUCUAAGUGCCGUCCACCUAAGGGCAUGUAUUUAACCCAGGAAGAUGUCGUAGCUGUUUCCUGUAGUCCCAAUGCAGCAAACACCAUUCUGAGGCAACUGGACAUGGAGUUGAUCUCUUUAAAACGUCAGGUUCAGAAUGCAAAGCAAGUGAACAGUGCACUUAAACAGAAAAUGGAAGGUGGAAUUGAAGAAUUCAAACCUCCUGAGUCAAAUCAGAAAAUUAAUGCCCGUUGGACCACAGAGGAGCAGCUUCUAGCAGUGCAAGGUGUCCGCAAAUAUGGUAAAGAUUUUCAAGCUAUUGCAGAUGUAAUUGGCAACAAGACUGUUGGCCAAGUGAAGAACUUCUUUGUAAACUACAGGCGUCGGUUUAACUUAGAGGAGGUAUUGCAGGAGUGGGAAGCAGAACAAGGAACCCAGGCUUCUAAUGGUGAUGCUUCUACUUUAGGGGAGGAGACAAAAAGUGCUUCUAAUGUGCCAUCAGGGAAGAGCACUGAUGAAGAAGAGGAGGCACAGACCCCACAGGCUCCUCGGACUCUGGGUCCAUCACCUCCUGCCCCAUCAUCCACUCCAACACCAUCUGCCCCCAUUGCCACUCUGAACCAGCCUCCACCACUUCUUCGUCCAACACUGCCUGCUGCCCCUGCUCUUCACCGGCAGCCUCCUCCACUCCAACAGCAGGCUCGGUUCAUCCAGCCCCGGCCAACGUUAAAUCAGCCUCCACCACCUCUCAUUCGCCCUGCUAAUUCUAUGCCACCCCGUCUAAACCCAAGACCGGUGUUGUCCGCAGUUGGUAGUCAACAGCCACCAUCACUUAUUGGAAUUCAGACAGAUUCACAGUCCUCACUGCACUAAAAAUUAAAUUGGACGGAGUUGCAGUAACUUUUCUCCCCGUCAUACCAAUAUUCAUCUGACUGAUGUAAAAGAGAGGAAAGGAUAAUCCUUGCUAGACACUGAGACUGCAAACUAGUUCUGUGGCGGUGGAAUAGCAUAUGUGGAUGGCUUAGAAUUUUUCAGUUCACUAGACUAAAAUACAACAGAAAGCCUCCAGUUAGCCUCCUAGAAUAUACAUUCAGCGAUGUGAUCUCAUAAGAAAAAAAAAAAAAGAUUAAGUAUUCUAUAUACCAAGUUUUGUUUGUUUUGUUUUUACUGUAUUUAUUUUAUUAAAGUUCUUUAUAUUCUAGCCUCUAAUAGUCAAGGCUGUUAGUGUAGGAGUAUUGAUUUAGGAAUUGUGAUAACUCUGUGUCUUAAGGAUAUUUGACCUUCUUUCUUUAAUUUAAAUUUUUUUUAAAUAAACCUCUUCCUAUGUUAGGAGUGCAAGAAUAAAUAGCCUGCUUUUCAGAUUUUGACAUAUGUUCAUUUACUUUAUGCAUAUACUUUAAUGCAUAUUUAAGAAAUUAUAGCUGCAUAUUCCUUUUUUCAAAAGAUGUUGCUUUUUUCUAAAGGAAUUUUAAUGUAUUCCUUUAAAAGAAAAAGCAGUUUAAUCAAUUGCAAAGCAAUUAUACAAAACCACAAAGAAUGUACUGAAUCUGUUAACCCUUUAAUAUCUCAUUUAGGGUCUUAGUGUAGUGUCCUUGUUUAGAGGUCAUUGUCCUAUCAUCAGUAAUAACAGGAUUGGAAUAAUAAUUUUACAUACAAACAAGGACUUAAUGUGUUGAAGUACAGUGUCUUUGUUUAAGUUCCUUGAAAGUGGAGUUAAUUUUGAAUUCUUUUUUUUUAUGUUUAUAAAUGCUAUGUGCUUUUAAUUAGUAGUUACUUAACUUGGGAACUUUGAAGUACAUUUUAUAGUUCUGUGUAGAUGGUGGUUAUGGAAGCAUUUAUUUGCAGUACCCUUUUUGUGUUUAGGUUUUUCUGAACUUAAAAUUGCCCUCAUACUUAUUAAUAUGGUCUCUGCUUAAUAUAAAAUGUGUUUUCAUGGUAAAUCUCUAUUGUACUAUUUGGAUGCAUUUGUAUAUUCCUUGCAGCUGACCUGUACUUGUGGGUUUGGUUUAGGGUUAGGUCAUCAAUAUUAUUUCAGAAAAUAAAAUGAAGAAUUUGUUCUGUGUUA